AUGCUGGCAGGCGAGGAUGAGUACUGGUGGAGAGGCACCAAACAGAUGAUGGGGAGUAGAGGUGUGGUUGUAGAUUGGGAUUGCUUCAAGAGAGUUUUCUUGGAGAUGUAUUUCCCGGACAGUGUUAGAUACGCUAAGGAGGCGGUGUUUAUAAGAUUGCAGCAGGGGAGCCUGUCUGUAUCAGAGUAUGCUAUGAGGUUUGAGCAUUUGGUUCGUUUCUACUCUCAGGCCAUAUCUGAGGCUUGGCCAUGUAGGAAGUUUGCAGAGGGGUUGGGGCAUGAGCUGAAGAGGGUCAUAGGCCCUAUGUCCAUAGAGGAGUUUCCUGCCUUGGUCCAGAAGGCAAAGACUAUUGAGAGAUUGGAGGGUGGUGGUAGCAGCGGCAAGGCUGCUAGAGUUCAAGAGGGAUCAUAUGGAUCCAAGAGGGGAGACCAGCAGAGGGGACCCUAUGACAGACAUGUUCAGUCUUAG